CUUCUUCACCCGUGCUUCACGUGGAUUUGGAGGAACAUAUCUCCUUCAAGUAAUUUGUGUUUGAUGUAGCUCACUUUAACAAAAAUUAGAGGGUGUGGAAACAACGAGAAGUGUGCUCUGUGGUAUAACACAGCAAUGCACGAGAUGGUGAAAGCAAAGGUCCAAGAGGCUGGCUUUUUGCCCUUUUUGUCGAUAUUGGGCCAUGGAAAGAAGGGGGAUAGGCCCUUACUUGUGGCCUUAGCUGAGAGGUGGUGGGACACUACCCACACAUUCCACUUCGAUGAAGUUGGAGAGAUGACAAUGACCCCGACGGACUUCUCGGCAAUCACAGGAUUGCGUGUUGGUGGGAAGCGUUUACAGUACGACAUGGAGAUGUACAAAAAUAAGAACAAGGUGGUCAAAUUGUUUGGGAAACCCAUUGCUGACCUGCUCGCAGGCGAGAGGAGAGUGCCGUAUGACAGCCUUUGCACCCCGUACUGGAACAAGCAUCCGAAGGAUGAUAAAGAAGCUGAUCAAAUUGCACGGGCUUUUAUAUUGUGCUUGAUUGGCUCAUCUUUCCUAAAUGAUAAGAGCCACUACGUGAGUAUGCACUACGCCCCCAGUUUGGAAAAAGUGUCCGACAUUGGUAAUUAUGACUGGGGGGGCGGCUUUGGCGUGCUUGUACAGAUCGAUGGAUUCUUGUUCGAGGGGCAGGUCAGCAAGCAUGGGCGGGUAUUGGAGGGCAUGGGAGGUAUGGGCUUGUGAGUAUCUAAAGCCAUUUGCUUUAUCAAGCCCAAGUGGGAGUGUGAACACGUGGCCCCGAACUUUGAGGUGGGUUGGUGCAAAAUCAAAACGCGACUUGCAGCAUCACUUGGAACCUUUUAGAGUGAUGAUGCGACAUCUAACCACUGAUCAGGUAAAUUGGAACCCUUGGGGGACCAAUGACUCCGAGCUGCCGGAAGAAGUACAAAAAACCGUGCCGGCAACUCGGAAACGAAUCCUCCUUGAGGGACCAGCUGGUUCAGCAUGGUUUUUGGGCGAGCGCGUAACAAUGCAAAGUUUAGGCACCCCAUCACCUCAAGUACCCAAAAUUCCACCGAGGACAAUGCUUGCCGAUUAUAAGCUCACUAAUGAGUCAGAAGUGGAGGAAGCAGUAAAUGGGUAUCCAGCUUCCGAAUGGGUUGCUCCUCGUUCAUCCGACUAUGCUGACUACAGAGAUGAGUACAUACGUUACCGCCACUACGACGACUUGCGUGAUGCGGAACCACAACAUAGUACUCCCGCAGGGGCCAAUGUACUUCCCCGCAUCUCUCCUCAGCCAUGGUUAGUGCGAAUACCGUGUUGGGCCAACCAAAAUGGAAGUAAAGUUGUGCAGAUACCCCGUGGCCAAGAUUGCUGCGUUAUACCAUUACCUGAUGGUGUAACGUAUGUCACUGCUGAAGCUGCAACAGAGCUUAUGGAGAUCAAUGCUGGGUUGAAUGCCGUACUAUUUUCAACAGCAUUGGAAGCAAGCAUAGAGAUCAGGCGCCUACGGGAAGAGAAUGAGCGAUUGAAGAACACAUCGGGAACAGGCAUUGCAAGUUCGGGCCUUGCUGAAGACGUGGUGGAACAGCGAACAGAACAUGAGUUUCGCACAAAAAUGCAACACGACACACGUAGAAAAGGAAAGACCAAAGUUGUGCUACCACAGGAGCAUGAAGAAGAUGCGGAAGAGGAAGAACAAGAGGAAGGAGAGGAAGAAGAGGAAGGAGAGGAAGAAGAGGAAGAAGAGGAAGAAGAGGAAGAAGAUCAGGAACAAGAUGAGGAGGAAGAGGAAGAAGAUCAGGAACAAGACGAAUCUUGGAUGGACGAGAAAGAGGUUGAGUCUGAGGAUGAGGAAGAGGAUGGCCAUGAGGAGGGGGCCACAUCUAAGGGUAAGCCGGAUGCAAAACAACACUCCACAGAAGAAAAUCGCAAGGGUGAGAAAAGUCUUCGUUCACGUAACCCAAAGAGAAAGAAAACGAAGUAA